AUGAGCAUCUCAGACACUAACUACCGACUCAAGCUCUCGAAAGAGGAUGAAUCCUCCAACAGCGAGGAAAACGAAGUCCGUCGUGAAGACCAAGAGAAGAUCAAUCGCUUCAGCAGUCUUCAUCAGCGCGAGUUAGUUCUGGAGCAGUUAUUGAAGGGGAAGCAGAAAGAUAAAGAAGAUCUCGAAGAAAUCUCUACAGAACUUGAACUAGCGGAUGAGGAUGAGUUGGUUCCCUAUAAAAUUGGGGACUCCUUCGUUCACCUCCCUCUGCCAGAGGCACAGUCCCUUCUCUCUACUUCUACAGAGCAGAUUGAUACCGAGGUGUCCCGACUGGAGGACUCGUUGGGCGAGAUUCGUGAUGAGCUGCAGAAGCUGAAGGUGGGGUUGUAUGCUCGGUUUGGGAGGAGUAUUAAUUUGGAGACUUAA